GCUUUUAAAAGUGGCAUAUCACAGAAGUCUGGAUACAAAAUGUCGUGGUGCUCAGGUAUCCAGUCGGUGACUGUCUAUCUGGGUGCCACCAUCCGUACCUCCGCUGAGGUCACCCACACCGUCGCCAGCUCCCAGAUCCUCAUCCACUCCGGCUGGAACAGCGCCAACCUGCGCAACGACAUCUCCCUGAUAAAGAUCCCCGUCACCUCGUACAGCACCAAGAUACAGCCAGUUCAGAUCCCAGCCAUCGCCAACUCCUACUCCACUUACGCCGGCUCCUCUGUAAUCGCCUCUGGCUGGGGUCUCACCUCCGAUUCGGCCACCGCUGUCACCAACAACCUGCAGUGGGCCAAGCUGACGGUCAUCACCAAUACCGUGUGCGCCAACACCUAUGGCACCCAAUAUGUAAUAGCAUCCAACAUCUGUGUGUCCACCCCCAACGGUGUGUCCACCUGCAACGGCGACUCCGGCGGCCCUCUGGUGCUCGAGUCCUCCAAGGUCCAGGUUGGUCUUACCUCCUUCGGCGCUGUCGCCGGCUGCCAGAAGGGCUACCCAGUGGCCUUCAGCCGUCUGACCAGCUACUUGGACUGGAUCAAGACCAACACUGGCAUCUCCUACUGA